AUGGUGUUUGAUCCCCAACAGUUUCCUGGAACCGGACAAUGGCACGGACGCGCUCCCUACUCGUUUCUUGCGUCUGUUUUCUCCAUGGUAUCAUCGAUAUCGGCUAGGACGGUAAUGCUGAAUAUCAUGUGUAAUAUGCUUCGCGUUAUUAUCGUGCAUAGCCCUCAAGACAUUCUUCCCGCCAUAUGGCUUUGUUCCAAUGCGAUCGCGCCCAGUUUUGAGGGCCUCGAAUUGGGGAUCGGUCCACAGAUUUUAUCAAAAGCAUUACGGGGCGUCUCGAGCGUGAAUCAGACCAAACUGCGAAAGCUGUACGAGCGUUACGGAGACUGGGGGGAUGUGGCAUUUGCAGCCAAAGCGUCUGUGCGGACAAUCGUGAAACCGAAACCAUUGACUGUACGUGAAGUGUUCCAAACGUUGCAUGCAAUUGCGGGUGUCAAGGGCAAAGGAGGCGUGGAUACCAAAGCGGGACUGGUUCGACGACUAUUACUUUCAGCUGUAGGUGAGGAGGUUCGGUUCAUCGUGCGCACACUGGUAGCACAUUUGCGUAUCGGUGCCGUGCGCACCACAGUGCUGAUCGCCUUGGCCCGUGCGUGUGUAUUUAUGCAGAGCGAUGUGGGACAGUGGCCAAUUUCAGGAGACCUUGUCCGACAAGUCGAUGACAGCAAAGACGUCCUGGCCACCAAAUUGAAACAAGCCGAAAACGGAUUGAAGGAGUGCUUUGCACAAUGUCCUGAUUGGAAUCUGAUUGUGCCGUGGCUCAUGGAAUGCAAAGAUGUCUCACGCGUAUUCGAACGAUGCGGUAUCACCGUUGGUGUCCCGUUGCGACCCAUGUUGGGACAAAUCACAAGAGAUUUGACGGAUAUGUUCAUCAAGCUGAAAGAUAGAGACUUUGCAUGCGAGUACAAAUACGAUGGACAACGUGCUCAGAUUCACAUGGACAAUCAGGGCCGCGUCAAGCUUUUUAGUCGACACUUGGAGGACAUGACCGACAAGUACCCAGAUAUCGUCGAGGUUCUACCGCGGAUUCGGUCCGAGGGUACCACUUCCUUUAUCAUGGACGGCGAGAUAGUGGCCAUGAAUAGCGAGGGAGAAAUCCAGCCAUUUCAGACUCUGAGCAAUCGAGCGCGUAAAAACGUGACGCUUGACACGAUCGUGGUGCCAGUGUGUGUACUAGCUUUUGAUCUCAUGUACUUGAACAAUGAAUCGCUGCUGCAACUAUCGUUUCGCGAACGCCGCACGUUGUUGAAAGAACGAUUUGUCCGUGUGAAGCAUCGGUUUGAUUUUGUAAAAUCGAUGGAUGCUACUGGCAUUACGACGGACCAGGACAAGGUCCAAGCCUUCUUCAAAGCCAGUAUUGGAUCCGGCGGCGAAGGAAUCAUGGUCAAAUUAUUGGAUCAUCCUCCAAAAUCUUUGGAACCGAGCGCUCGAGCAAAAGGGUUACUGUCAACUUAUGAACCUGAUAAGCGCGUAGAAAGCUGGCUUAAAGUGAAGAAAGAUUACGUCGAGGGUGUGGGAGAUUCUUUGGAUCUUGUUCCGAUUGGCGCUUGGUACGGUAGCGGUCGCAAAGCAGGAUGGUAUUCUCCCAUCCUGCUGGCCUGCUAUAACCCCGAGAACGAGACGUUGGAAAGCGUAUGCAAAUGCAUGUCAGGUUUCAGCGAUAAAUUUUACAAGGAGAUGAAGGAUUAUUACUCUGAGGAAAAUCUCCGCGUACUGAAUACCCCUCGCCAUGACUAUGUUACCGAUCUUCAACCCAAUGUGUGGUUUGAUGCAUGUCAAGUAUGGGAGAUCAAAGGUGCUGAUAUUACGGUGAGCCCUGUGCAUAAAGGUGCCAUUGGCCGUAUAGAAGAGGAUCGAGGUUUAUCUUUACGAUUUCCUCGAUUUAUCAGAGUACGGGAUGAUAAGCCGACAGAGGAAGCUACUACCAGCGAGUUACUGGCUACGUUAUAUCUUCAGCAGCAAGUACGAGAAGUAGCGGAAGAAGAAAAUGAGGAAGAGCAAGAAGAACAAGAUGAUUGA